CAUUAUGACAGGCUUAUGACCACCCUGGUGCUCAGCCUACUGCAGCUGAUGCUGGGUGCAGGCAUGCCGGAGCUCAACGACAUCCAGGACCUGCUGUAUGUUCAGAACAACCUGAAACCUCAGGACUCUGAGAUGGAGGCUACGUCCUACUUUACCAAGAAGAUCAAGGAGUGCAUGGGCAGUUUCCCGGUCAAGCUCAACUUCCUGAUCCACACCAUGGUCCAGUCCUCUGGGAAGAAGCUGGCGCCACCCAGCCCUUCUCAGAACACCUCCCCCAACACCAACAUCCAGGAAGCUGUCAUACAGAAGUACACCGUGAAGGGCAAGGAUGUGACUUAUGAGUUGAGGGUGACCAUCGAGGACGGCUUUCUGAUCAGUGAGAAGACGUUUGGCCAGUUUGGGCUGAUACACAAAGAGCUGCAGAAACACUUCAUAGAGUCUACGCUCCCACAGUGA